UGGAAAAGGGGAAAUUGCUUUACUGCUACAAUAUAUUAGAUAGCAUAUUAAUCAGCAUUAAUAUAAUCUCGUAUAGCUUUAAACUGGUCAGAUGACAGUUAAUACACGAACACCAGAGUAAUCAUUUAACACGCUGACACCACAUUAAUCCUUAUUACAGGUGCAGCAUAACCACUUUUAGUAUUAUUAUGUCUUUAUACACACAUUGCAGUCCCGUGCUUAUAAAGAGUUGAAGCUUUCCCAGGUAAUUAAAGGUCUCAAGCUUCAUUCAGCGUGACUGUCUGGGUGACACAUUGGUUAAAAGCCUGGAGCUUAAGAAAGAUCGCACACAUGCUUACAAAACACACAUAUAUCACAUAUAACCUAGAACUAGAUUUAACCAUAGGUCUGAAUGUACUGAGCAAACAUGUUGCACUUGAGCUUUCUUGACAACAGAUGACGCGUGGAGAGGACCAGCCCCUGGAGACUGCAGAGGCCAGAGUCCAUUGCCUUUUUUGGAAAGAAGAUGCCAAAAAGAGGAACCUCGAUGUUGCACUUUAUGCUUAAAAUACAUGAAUGUUCUGUACAUGCAAAUUAUGUGCUUGUAAACGCUAGAAGGGGCGUUAUAAUACCCUGAUGCUAUAAAAGCAGUCUGAAGUAUAAUUUUGGCGAAGACCCUUGCUGACAUGUGCAGUGACUGUCUUCCCGCGCGAAUACUUCAAUAAAGAUCGCUUUAACCCAAAUCUUCUGGACUGUCUUGCCUUUGUACUCUCCACCAAUUCUGAACCCGUAACAAUUGGUGCAUUGGCCGCGAUUGGAAGGGAGAGACGCUGUUGGCAUUGUGGACGUCCAAGAGGGUCCAUAGACGGGAUCCAGUUAUCGAAGUGAGUGGACAAACGGGCAGCCCAUCUCAAAAGAAUUAAAAAGGGAAGUGACUCCUAGAGCGGAGAGACGAGCUCUGAGGCGGAAAAGGGAAGUGCCGGAGGGUGACUGGCAGGGAGGAGCCGACAGCAGCCAUUUUGAAGAGGUACGUGCUGUCUUGCAGGAAAUCACAAAAUGGCGGACACCUCGGCCAACGGACAGAGACGUUACAAGACAUUGAAGGAUCAGGUAGUGGAGCUGAAAAAGGCCAUAAGGAUGGCCUGUACAGGUACGUCUAAAGCAGCCGAAAAAGAGUGCCGAGCCAUGGAAGCAGAGGUAAGCAAAAUUUUUGACUUACAACACAAAGGGACAGAUGAAAGGACAGCUCUGGAGGUUGUGCUUAGAACAGAGGGAGAGAGAUGUGAGAAGAAACUAAAAAACUUACAGGAGGAAUCAGGAGGCCGCUCAGUUAACCGGAAAAUAAAAAAGGAAAUGACUGCUUUGAAGGCAAUGCAUGGCAACUGCUGCAAGUGGAUGAUGAUGUGCAAUGCAGUAUCAUCCUGGAUGAAAGACAAAGUGGAACAGCCUGAGCCAGCAAAGGAAGAGGACACGGUGAGUAUGAUGAAAUUACUGCAGAAAUUACAGGAAGACAAUGAAAAGCUGGAGGACAAAAUGGCAAAACUCACGUUGAAGGGAGAAGAAGUAAAUAAUCCUCACACACCAGCAAUAUACCCGUGGAUCCCACAACUUCCCAGCGCCCCGCCACAGCUGGGUGGAGCGGGGACUCCUCCCCCUUAUGUGAUGCCAGUGAUGUCCUUAGACGGAGGACAGGUGCAGGGCCCUGAUGGACAGACGGGCAUUGUGAUAGGAGGACUCGUAAAUGUCGAGUACCCAGGCACGACCGGGCCAACCCAACCUGGAGAAAUGACGGUGGUGGAACCACACAACAGGGAGAACGCAGGGACGCAGACGGCCUGUGCCACAGGUCCCGGUGUGACAUCGUGUAGCCGGGCCUGGACGAGGAGAGAUUCACUAGGAGAAGCAGCAGGGCCGGGGGUGCCUCACACCGAAGCCUCACCAGCGGUUGCGACUGAAGAGGUGGAUGAGGAAGACGGAAGGUCAGAAUUGGUCGAGCCGCCGCACCAGGAAAGACAGAGACACUACCAAGCAAGCAAGCAGAGCACGAAGAAGCAGGAUAGGUGGGACGGGCAAGUUCAUGGGCGAAUGCACGAGGACCGAGACGCUCUACUGGCCGUGGUGGAAACACUGACCGAGGUGAAGCAGAAAGCCUUGAAGGAACUUAUGGAAGAGGAACUGAAGGACCAGAAGACCUCACGCACAAAGCAUAAGCCCUUGACGAAAGUUGUGGAGGAGGACAUGACAGAGUGCAGGACUUCAUCAGAAGAGGACUUGGACGAAGAAGAGGAGGAAAUUGAACGAAGAGAUGCCUGUGACCCGGACAAAAACUUGAACUUGCGCAGUAGAACGGUGCACAGACGUCAAACUAAAAAUUGAAGUCCGACGCC